GCUGGGCUUUAUUUUGCUUCCCAGACUGGAAACCACUGUAGUGCAGUUGGACUUGACGUCUAGCAACACAACACCAGACUUUAAACAAGCAGACCCGGUGGCUUUGCAAGUUAGCGGCUGCAUUCACAGCCGUGGUGCCAGUGUGAGAGCGCCCGAGUAGCCCCUGCUGAGCUUGGGACUGCAGCAACAGGACAAAACACAUAAGAGGAAGAAAAAUACAAAGGGGGAGUAAGCCGGCAAAGGAGCAAGGAGAAUCAGAGGAGACGGCAUGUUAGUUAAAGUUGAGUUUAAAAGGCAAGCCCGACUCUAGAGGAGAGACAUAUUGAUUCACCCUCUCAGCUCACAGAAGGUAAAGAGGCAGAGUUGCUCAUCCGUAGGUUGAAAGAUUGACAGACAGCCAAGAAUUCAGGGUAUUGGUCAUGACUGCGGGCCUGCUGCUGGGAGGAUAGAGAUCAGAUUAAUAGCAUCUACAACGCAGCCUCCAUCCUGAUCUAACCCCAUCUCUAAACAACCCGUCGAUCUCUCCCCCUCAGCCAUCACUGUAGUCCACAAAGUCCACUGUGACAAGAGAGCUGAACCCUCAUACGGGCUAGUUUACCAGGCUGCAGCGUCCUGUGAGAACAAAGAGUGACCUCACGAGCUGUCGCUGGAGCAGGGAAGAGACACUCACCCGCCGCGGGGCUUUAGAGACGGCGGCCUUUUAACCAAGCACAUGGGCUGUUGAUGAAGAAAGAUGGCAGUGAGACUGACAGGCGCCACCCCUUCCUCUCGGCCACCCUCCCUCCCCCCAGCGGCCGUGGCUCGGACCGGUUAAGGUUGGUCUGUUGGCAUCCAUCGCAGCAUCUGCAGCAGCUGGCAGAGCGUGGGAAGGAGCAGUAUGCAGGAAACUGAUGUACCGGCCACGAAUGCCUUCAAAGAGUGCAAAUUCCACUGCACCAAUGGGAAUUGCUUGCGUCUGGGCUCGCUGAUCUGCAACCAGCUGAAUAACUGUGGGGACAACAGCGAUGAGGAGAACUGCCCUGUGGUCACCCAACACCCUCCGCCGGGCAUCUUCAACUCUGAACUGGAGUUUGUUCAGAUCAUCAUCAUCAUCGUUGUGAUGACUGUGAUGGUGGUGGUGAUCAUCUGCCUGCUCAACCACUACAAGCUCUCCACCUGGUCUUUCAUAACGAGGCAGAGCCAGGCCCGCAGGCAUGACCAUGCCCUACAACAGGACGGGUGCCUGUGGCCUUCAGACAGCGGCUCUCGGCAAGGUGCCUCGGAGGUGUUAUAUGCUCCGCAGGCGAGGGAUCGCUUCACCGCUCCCUCCUUCAUGCAGCGUGACCGCUUCAGCCGCUUCCAGCCCACCUACCCCUACCUGCAGCAUCAGAUUGACCUGCCGCCCACCAUCUCUCUGUCGGACGGGGAGGAACCACCGCCGUACCAGGGACCCUGCACCCUCCAGCUCCGUGACCCCGAGCAGCAGAUGGAGCUGAACCGCGAGUCGGUGAGGGCACCGCCCAACCGGACCAUCUACGACAGUGACUUGAUCGACAUGGGAGGAGGCGGGAGUCUAGGAGGGGUAGGGGGAGGAGGGGCUGGGAUGGGGGGCGGUGGCCCGAGGCCGCCCAGCAGUAACUCGGGCAUCAGUGCCGCCAACUCCAGCAGCCACGGGCGUAUGGAGGGCCCCCCGCCAGCAUACAGCGAGGUGAUAGGCCACUACCCUGGCUCAGCAUUCUUUCUACACCAGCACAGCAAUAACCAGAGGGUGGGGAGGCCGGGGGGGCUGGGGAGUAGGACAAUCCAGCAGCAGAGCCAAUCAGAAAGCACAAUUGUACCUGCCAAGGCCAAGGACGGCCAACCAGAGGACUUGGUGUGAAGAAACAGGGAGGGGAGAGGUAGGGCAACCCACCCCAGACUGAGAUCUGUGUCUCUCGUUCACCCCAGACCUCCUGUAAGCCGGGGUCUCUCUUAUCGCUCUGUCUCUCACGUCCUCUCUCCACACUCCCAUGCACAAACACACCAACUUUAGCUACAGAAACGAGCAAAGAGAGGAACCAACAACUGAUCUCAUUUCAUCCAUGCGCUAGCACUGCUGGGACAGGAUGUACGCACUGUGUCCAGACUUUUUUUUUCCCUCCUUAUUUUAAGAAAGAACCACACUGCUAGCACAGAUUGAAACAGUUUUCUCUUUCACCCCCCCACUCCCCCUGGCGGCGAUGCCGCUGUCCCCAGGAACUGAGGAGGGAUCAGUUUUGGGGGGGUUUGUUGUUUUCUUCUUUCUUCAUUGUUUUUCUGUUUUUGGACCGGGAUCUGUGCACAAAGCGAGAACUGAGAAUCAAGGACUUUACAGAGAACACAACGAAACAAGAGACUCACAAACCCAAAUCUUAGUGCCAAGGUUCACAAGGAAGCAAAACAAAGGGGGGGAUGACUUGUUUUAACAUUGAAAACACAAAAGAAACGUUAUCUCAAAGUUGCACUAUCUUUUUGUUGUAAAAGAGAAGAGGGAAAUGAUGUUAUGUUAUAACAGCGAUGUUUUUAAUUUCCUGUCUUGUUUGUUUGUUUUUUGGCCUUUUUGUGAAUGGACUGAUUGACUGACUGAACUUUGGCUCCAAAGUUGUUUUAAACAAUUGGGAGCAAAAACAAAAAAACAAAACAAAAAAACCCAACAACAACAAAAAAAACAACAAAAAAAAAACAAGUAUUAUAAGCUUAUGUCCUUCCUUUUUUGAAAACCGCAAGAAAUCCUUGUACCCAGCCUAAACAUCUCUGUCUGCUUACACCACAGGCACAGUGAGACUUAGUAAGAGAAUAACCUGUACUGCUUCAUGUCUGCGUUCACAUCAUGGGGAGGGGUGGGGGGGGGGGUAAUCUGCCUCAUGAGCAGCUGCUGGAUUGAUGGUGUGUUAUAACUAACCACCAGAGGAAGUGAGCAAAGAUUAGAGUCCUAAACACAGCUUGGCUGGAUUCAGUGGGAUCCAGGCUCAGGUUUGUGAGAUAUCAGCCCAGCUGUUUUGAUAUCAAGUUUAAAAAAGAAAGCCCUCAGCCCCUGUUAAGGAGGGUCUGUCUAGCAGGUGGUCAGAGCAGAUUCUUCUCAUUUCAAAUCUACCCUGACUGCUGAGUACCUGAUGUUUCCUCUCGCCCCCCUUCCCUGCAUCCAGGUCCACCGCCCUUCCCCAAAUGCUCGUCUCAGACAUCUUGCACAGUGCAUUCUGCCAACAGCCACCACACUGAACUCGAACCCACACAGAAAAACACAAAAUAUGUGAAGAAGAAGAAGAAGAAGGAGGGGGGGAAAAAAAAGAAGGCUCGACUCUCCGUCUUCACGUUUCUAAAGCCACAAAAGAAUGACACAAAGUGAAGAUUCCUGUCUGCGUCUGUCAGCACAGAGAUCAGGUUUUUAAAGGAAAAUUGUCUGUCGUCAAAGUCAAAGGGCUAUGGGAGGCUCCUUUUUGUAAAAGAAACACAGAAAAAAAACCUUUUUGAAAAUCUAGCCUUUUUCUCUGCUCAUCGUUGCCUUCUCCUCUGCUCUUGCGCUUUAUCUGUCUCUCUUUCCUGUUUGCGCCAGUCCCCCUCCCCCCUUUUCUAACGGCGUCUCCGGUAAACACUGUUCAUCAUCACUCCAUCCAUCCAUCCGUGUGCAGAAAAAGUGCGAUCAAAUGAUGCAGAGUCCGCCGAGCCCUUUAAAGUGGAGACUGGAGUGGAGUUCUCAUUCGGCAGCGUGCUGGUGCAGCCCUCUCCUCACUGUAUAAGUGUGUACACGUGUGCGUUUGUUGGUCAGACCUUUUAACAACACAGAAAAGCACUUAAUGCUCCUGCAGGAGUUUUGUGUGUGUGUGUGUGUGUGAGAGAUUGUAACUGAAUGAUUUAUUAACUGACUCCAGUUUAAACAUUCAAGGACAUAUUACUUCUUUAACACAGCUUCAGUUCAGCUUUCAUCGGGAUACAGUCGAGUGUCUUUCUUAAAAAGGCAGAAAUGCUCCAUGUUUGAUUGUCACAGUGCAAAGGUGACAUCACAGUGAGCCUCAAACAAAGUGGAUGCAUCCAGCGAACCCCAAAAAGGAAAAGCCCAGCUGGGAUGAUGAUGAUGUGAGUCUGUUUCAUACUACGUACUGGUUCCAGGCGUGCUAGCAGUACAGCCUCAGCACGUUGGCGUGCACGCGGGACAUGCUUGUUUUCUGAGUGAAGUGCAGUCUUUAUAGUCCCUCCAUGUAUUAAAUCUUUGAAAAACGAAAGCUCUGCUUUCUUUUCAAGAUCAGAGGACAAGGUUGUAUGAAUUUGAUGUUUUUUCCUACUCUCAGCAAAUCCCAUGAAAGUGUCUAAAUACUUUUGUGACCUCCUCACCCCGUCUGUAGCACUCGGCACUAAGCACCAGUUCCAUUCAUUUCUGCUGAAGAGACACAAUAUUUAAAAGAAGCAUUUGGCUCAAGGUUAAAUUAGUGUGUUUCUUGUUAAUGCCAAAAUUCAUCGUCGAAGAGCAAUCGCUUUCACAGUCCACUGUUGUCACGAUUUUAAAGCUCUGUACGUGGGAGUCAUUAUGACAGGUCUGUUAGUGGAGCCUUUUUAAAAAAAUAAUAAUAUCCAACCAGUGGAUUUUUCAGCGUGAGGCUCACAGGGAGGUGGUGGGUGCAGCACCUGGACGCUGCACACGUGGCUCUAGUUAGAUUUGGACUGGUUGAGGACUAUUUUAAGCUCAAACACAUUUGGUGCUCUAGUGGGCACUAGCACCCACAGGAAGGCUGUGUGAGUCCAUGUAAACGGCUGCGUGCUGGUAAUGAAGGAACAUGCUUUCCGGUGCGACUCACUGUUAUUCAACCACAGUCGAGCUCAUGGGAAUAACAUGCUAACAAUAACACGUUUGCAGAUCAUUUUUGUUUCAGGAAAAUGUGUGAAUUUGUUGCCAGGAUGUUUCAGAAAAGCUGAAGAAGUUGCAGGAUGUUUCACAGCUAACUGGCAACAGGUCCAUAGCAUCUUUGAUUAGAAAGGAUCGUCUUUCAGUAAAGACGGUUAGUGAUACGAUACUCUGAAGACUGCAACGGAAAACGUGUUUGUGCCCACGCUCGUGCCAGAUGAAACCCUCAGUAAUGCUGGGUGAUGGAGCAACAUGUGGUCCCACCCUGAUGAUCUUUCAGUGAAGCCUCUGCUUAUUUCAGCAAGACCGUGCUUCUCAUACCUAUGGGAUGAGCUGCUAGGUUCAAAUUUAAGCGACACGUGUAAAAUGUAGUCUGAUCAUUUGAUAUAAUCUUGUUUAAACUGCUCAUUUAAAUUAUUUCCAUUAGGCUGUGUUGGGUUUGUAACAUUUUACACUGAAUCCCAGGGUGCACUGGGAACAUGCAGUACUUAUGAAUCUUUUCAUGGGAUUUGUUGACAAGAAAAAAUAUAAAGUAACACCAGGCUGAACAUCUUUUAUCACUACUUGUCAGCGCACAACAAAGAAAAACUUGAUGAGGUCUCGUAUGACGAAUACACAAACCUCUGUAGUAUGAAAUGAAAUGUGUCGGUGCAGAACACCUGCUGCUGCCAGAUGAACACGGGUGAUUAUUGGACGAGUGCAGCAGUGUUCGAUGGCAUCAUGCCAGACAGCUGAGGUGGAAGCAGGAAGUGGUUCUUCAUGUAUGUUUGUCCCCCUCCUUCCACACUCAUGAGUCACUUAUAAGAAAGUUUCAGUCAGUCUGAACGGAAGCCCCGUCGGCAUCGGUGUGUUUGAAUGUCUCAGUGGUUAUCAGCUGAUUCUAAGGUUUUGUUGUGUGUGUGUGUGUGUGUGUGUGUGUGAGUGAGUGAGAUCACAUCGCUGCUAUUGCUGUUGCUGCUGCUACUGUUGUUGCUACUGCUGCUUCUCAUGCUCACCCCAACCCGCCCAAAGUCUUUGUAUCACCCCCCCUCACAUCAACCAGAAGGAGAGAAAUCUGGCCCUUUGCAGUCAAACCCACAAGUAUUGAGACAUCAAGCCUUGUGUUCCAACACUUUGACUUCAGACGAGCAGAGGUGUGUUUACCUAGCAAAGAUUGUCCCAACACUUUUGGCCUUUGACCUACUCCAGCCCCACAUCUUCUUCCCCUGUUUUUUUUUUUUUUUUUUUAAUGUAUUUUUUCCUUCUUCUUUUUUGUUCUCUGCUUGUUCUUUCUGCGCAGUCAUAGCUUGUAAAUGGAGGAUACAAAGAUGAAUUUUAUGUUUUCUACAAGGAGGUUUGCAUGUUACUAUUAUGUGAGUAAAUAAGGUGCCUAACGUUCAUGUUUGAGCAGACCACACCUCAGUCAGACUGCUGCUGGGAAUCCGCGAGGGUGGCUUCAUCGCCGCCUGUCUGGCAGAAUAGAGAAGCAGAGUGCGAGGACGGCCAAAAAGCGAUCCUUUCUGUCUUUUUUUAUUUUUUUUUCCUCUCUCUAAAGUCUUGGACGGAUGAGUCUGCUCCGACAUUUAGGAUUCUGGGGCGUUCUCACGCACCCACCCUCCCUCCCAAUGAGCAACAGUGUGCCUGUUUCCAAACUUGCUGCUCCACCUUGAACUUUUUUUAUUUUUAUUUUUAUUUUUGAGUGCGGCAGUUGCUCACCGGCCAUUGUGCCAGACAGGACCGGUCGCUCCUAGAGAAGCCACUGAAGCCAUUCCAAGCAGUAAUGUGACCCGUGUGGAGCAGACAUAGGAAACCCACUUGCACUCAAAAAGCUCCCACCUUCGUUGUGCCUCACUUCCAACGGUGCUUUUUUCAGUAGUCUGUCUUUCUUUAUGUUUGUUUGUAAGGUGCUGUAUAUAACUUGAAUAUAUUAUGCACAUAUCCUACCCAAUGGGUAGAAACCACAAAAAGAUGUUGUGAAUAAUGUAAUAUAAUGUAUAGACGAUAUAAGAAUUUUAAGAAGGCAGCAUCAAAUUUGUAAAUGCCUACAGUUAAAAAUGUGCUUUGUCUUUUUUUUUCUUUCUUUUUAAAAAUAAGAAAACGUGGUUUGCAAAGUACGCUUAGAAAAUGGUUGCAACACAAAUACAAAUUACUACUUAAUAAUAAUAUUUUGCUAUGAAUAGUCUGUUAUGAGGACGAGAGAACCUCGGGAUUAAGGACCCUUGUUGAGAGACGAUAUUCACGUGUUUGUCGGAUUCUUCUGUCACAGUGCCAGCCAUCAUUUAGGCACUGGCUGAUGAUUUUUCUUUUGACCAACUAACAAAUGUAUAGCUCUAUUAUACAGAUCUUUUAAGAAAACCUAUAUCUCACACACACACACACACACACACACGAGAGCUGUCAGCACUUCUCCGUGAUCUUGGAGAAUGUGCUCCUCUGUACGUCUGAUUUUUAGUUUUUGUAAUUCUGCCAAAGUGUAAAAACUCGCUGAGCACACUGGGCUCUGCUUAUUGGUCCGGCUGGAUGUUUAGGCAUUUCAGCUCUAGUUUUUAAUUGCAUGGUUGUCAAAGAGGAAAACCAUCAAUGGAGGGGAAGAAGGAAAAAAAUCCAUUUAGUUUGGAAAGUUGCACCAGCAUGGCACGAGCGAGGGGAAAACUCACUUUUUUUGUUUUUGUUUGUUUCCUCUGUUAUUUUUCACGAUUAUUUUCUACAUUAUAAUGUUAUAUGUGGCACAGUAUAUUAAAACAAAAGUCAUGUUUAAUCUGCAGUCAUUUAUUUACAGUAUGUACUGAAAAUAACUCCACUGUACAAUAACCGCAGAGCAUGUUCAUUCUUAUCUAUAGACGAUGUACAUAGCAACGCGCCAUGUUCUCUUUGAAGCACCAAAUAAGUGGCAGUUGUGUAGUUUAUAUUUGGAAAUGGUCUCUAUUGUAACUUUGGCUGGCGUGCCGCUCGGCUCUCCUCUUCCUUUAAUUUCAAUUUAAAAGUUUUUCUUUCUCUUUUUCGUUUCCUGCACUAGCUUGAAGAAUUAACGGGCUCAGACUGAUCUUUUAUUUGAUUUCUCUCUUCGCAGUGCUCUCUCUCUCUCUCUCUCUCUCUCUCAGAAAUGUGUACUCGACUGCUGACAAGACCACAAGUAGCUCUUUUUACUGUUCCUGAUUUUAAUGACGACGAUAUCGUGUCAACAGUUUGGUAUUCUCUCAGUCUUGACAGCUAACAUAGGACUGCUUCCAUCAUGGGUUUUGUAACAUCGUUUAGCUUUCGUUACAAAAAUGAUUCUUCCUCUCCCCCCUCUGUGCUCAAAUCUAGAUAUAUAUGGCUGUAUUCAGUAACCAUACAAUGUGUGUGUGAUUUUAUAUAUAUAUAUCUAUAUAAAUAUAUAUAUAAAAUAAAAUACACACACAUACACACAAACACAGAGGUAAAAUUGUUGUGUAUUUUUGCCUCUUUUUAUUUAAGCAAUUGUGAUGUAAUAGGUUUUAGGCCUAAGGUCUGUUAUUGCAAUACUUUUACAGAAAAGAAAAAAAAAUCAAAAAAUGUUGCUCUAAGUGCUGUUGUAGUCAAAGAUUUUAUGCUUGUACUUAUGCUGUAGUCAAACUGCAGCGUAAUGAAUAAAACUUUAAAAGUGA